CCACCGUGCAUGCAGCAAGAUCCGUGUCAGCGCUGAGUCUGAAAAUGCCUGUUAUUUUACCCCAGCUACCUGAGUCCAUGUUUUCUACUUAUGACCCCAGAUAUGUACCAGGUUACACAGGUUAUACUUCAAAACUGCGAAGUGAUAGAGGUAACAUUUAUGGCAAUGCAACUCUGCAGUCUCAGGACUAUGAACCAGGCCUCCAAAGAUCUUCACAGAUACCUGUGUCUGCGUGGAGAGAAAAUUACAGAUUGUCAUCUGAUUUACAUCUCGGAGGAAUAAUUUCUAACGUACCAAGGGAAAAUGCUGAAAUAUGGAAUAAUAAAAGUGGAUAUUACCUUCCAGCUAGUGGGAAGUAUCAUAUUAUUCGAAUGAACUAUACGCUUGAUGGUGACCCUAAGACUUCAUCAGCAAUAACUGCAAUUGAGGAAAUAAAAUAUGAACUGUCUAAACCAGCUAAAUGGUUGUCUUCAAAAACAGAGAGAUGUGCCUCAUCACAAAUUAGUCGGGAAACACCAAAACAGGCAGCAAGGUGUAUCAGAAGAGCUGAUCAGAUAGCCGAGUCUUCAUGCUCCCCUACAUGCAGAAAUGAAAUGAUGAAGAAGACCCUCAAAAAUGAUUUAACAGAAAAAGAACUCUCUUCAAGCAUUCCUUUGAAAAAUAAUUUUCUCCAAAGACAAGGGAAAAUCAUUUACAGAACAAAUAGUGGUCUUCUUCCCAAUUACUCUGGCUAUGCUCCCGCACAUUUCCAGCAAAAGCUAGUAUCAAACAAUUUGACAGAUUGUGCAAAGUAUGGGCUAGUUCACACCAGCAAUAGUGCGUUCCGGCCCGAUUCGGUGCUGGAAGCAGUGGAUCGCAUCCCGGCCAACUCCCCGCAUUCCGGGGCGAAUCAGCCUCUGGCAGUCGGUGCGCGGCUGGAGUGUGAGAUGAAGAAGCAGUACAAAGAGCUGAAUGCUAAUGUGGUAACAUGA